ACGUCGUCACCGUGCCGCCGAUCGAACCUUACCGAAGAAACGCCACGAUUUUUUCACCCCGUGCCACGCCACGGCCACGGCCACGGUCGGCCACUCGGUUGGCGCCUCCCCGACGCACGACGACCCGCGGUUCCCUCCCGUCCCCGGCCGCCUCCUGCCUCCACGCGCGGCUCCACCUCCACCUCCCCUCCCCUCCUCGCCGCGCCGCGCCGCCCAGCAAUCCAACUCCGAAUCAUCCUCCUCACCCCGCGCGGCGCCGCUCCGACCGACCAACCAACCAACCGCAGCGGACGCCACGCGAGGGGAAUCGAAGCGGAGACGUAGGGGCGGGGGGAAUUCGGCCGAGGGGAAGCAUGAGCUUGGCCUCCCACGCGCCUAGCCGUCGAGCUCGAAUCGCGUGAGAUAAGGGGCCGCGAGCACCGUGGUGGGAGAGGGAGAUGGCCUCGCGGGAGGACGACCGCGCCGGCCGCGGUGGCGGCGGAGGGCGGACGGAGCAGGAGCGGCGGCCGUCCAAGGCGUGGGGGAUCCUCAUCUUCGGCCUCAUCGGCGCCACCACCGCCACCUUCGCGGUUGCUCAAGUUCGCAGAAGUGUUGAUUGGGUCUACAGUCAGUUCAAUAAGAUGCAGACAACAUCUUGGAGGAAUGCAAGUAACAGCUCUAACCGUGGAAGUUUCAGUGAGGAUGCUAGGAGAAGAUAUUACCAACGUAUGCAACAGGAAUAUGAGGAGGAACAAGAGAGAGUUCAAAGAAUAAGACACAUGCAAAGUGUUUUCAACAGAGAGAGGAACAAGUUUAGGAGAAGUUAUGAAGCUUGGAGGGAGAAUGGCCCUCCAGGUGGAUAUAAUUAUGUCCCACGGGACGACUGGUACUGGCAGACAGAUACAUCACACUCGGAACAUAAAAAUAGGCGGACAUAUACUCCUGCAGGACCUAGGGUGUAUUCUAUGUCACAUCACUAUACAGUCCUUGGUCUCAAUAGGUCACGGACAACACCAUACACCGACGCAGAAGUCAAGAAUGCUUUUAGAACAAAAGCAAUGGAGGUUCACCCUGAUCAAAAUCAAGAUAAUAGAGAGGCUGCAGAAGAGAGGUUUAAGGAGGUUGUCAAAUCAUACGAAGCAAUAAAACUGGAGAGAAAAAAUGAUGCAAGUUGAAUGUGAAUAUGUAGCUUCACUGGAGCUCAUUGGGAAGAUUGAAAGGAUCAAUGAAGACAGUAUCAGCAGGCCUUGCAAUCAAGUGGAUGAUCUGUUAGGUUCGGCUGUAUCUGUUGAUAGCCUGUAAGCACAAGUUUUUAUUUGCGAGUUUUUUUUUUUGGGAGCACACGGCCCUGAUGUAGACUAGGAUAUUGUCGACAAAGGUGCAAAAGGAAAUUGCUCAUUUGUGCUUAGCCACUAAUUUGGGGUGCAAAAUCUGGACUGCGGGUGAGCAUUUUUGUUGUGUACACCUGCUGGUUUAUUUUUUAUUAGUAGAAAGUAGAGUGAAGAUCUGAUAGAAAAUAAUAAGUAGCCCAUAAUAUUAUAGCAGAAAAACAAUGUUUAUUACGACUUA